CGGCCCCCAGUUACUCCAGCACUUUGUGUCUUUGGGACACCCCGGCACCUGCAUUUCCCUGCCCGGACAGGGCUCCGCGCUUGCGCGGGGCUGCCGUUGCUGUGGAGACGCGGCCUAGUGGAGUCUGACCGCCCGCCCGCCCGCCUGUCUGGCCUGCGCCGGGAUGGCCUGCAGAGCGGCCGAGCGCGCCCGGAGAGCCAGUGAACUGAGCGCGGCGGGGAACAUGUCCGAGCGCCCGGACCCGGCCAGUAAAGCGGCGCCGGACCGCGGCCUCCUGCUGCCGCUCAUCACCGCACUGUCGCUGCUCAGCCGCUUCUACCGGCUGUCGGAGCCGCAACACGUCUGCUGGGACGAAACUCACUUUGGAAAAAUGGGAAGUUAUUACAUCAACCAGACAUUUUUCUUUGAUGUUCAUCCUCCACUGGGCAAGAUGUUAAUUGGAUUAGCGGGAUAUCUCACUGGAUAUGAUGGUACCUUCCUCUUUAAGAAACCUGGAGACAAGUAUGAACACCACCACUAUUAUGGCAUGAGAGCGCUCUGUGCAACGCUGGGCUCCUGUCUUGUUCCUUUUGCAUAUCUCAUUGUUUUGGAGCUGACCAGAUCACAUAAUGCUGCUCUUCUCGCUGCUGUCUUUUUGAUAUUUGAUACUGGAUGUAUAACUAUUUCACAGUAUAUCUUGUUGGAUCCAAUCCUAAUGUUCUUUAUUCUGGGAGCAGUACUCAGCACGCUCAGGUUCAACGCUAUGAAGGACAGGCCCUUCUCUCUUCCUUGGUGGCAAUGGUUGGUACUGACAGGAGUUAAUCUUGCUGGAGCCCUUGGGGUAAAAUUUGUUGGAAUCUUUGUCAUCCUUCUCAUUGGAAUUAACACUGCCUGUGACCUGUGGCAUCUUCUGGGAAUGCUUGACAUUUCUCUGGUUGAAUUUGGAAAACACUUUCUCGCUCGGGUUUGGUGCCUCAUUCUCCUGCCUCUUGUCUUCUACACAACUUUAUUUGCAAUUCAUUUUGUAGUAUUGAACAAAAGUGGGCCUGGUGAUGGAUUCUUCAGCUCUGCAUUUCAGUCUCGUCUGAUUGGUAACAAUUUGCACAACGCAUCAAUGCCAGAGCAUAUUGCUUACGGGUCAAUAAUCACAAUGAAGAAUGUGCGAACUGCUGGUGGAUACCUACAUUCCCACUGGCAUCUGUAUCCAGAAGGAGUCGGAGCACGACAGCAGCAGGUGACUGCCUAUUUACACAAGGAUGAUAACAAUCUUUGGAUUGUCAGGGAACCUGAUCUCUCUGCAGAUAUAGAUGGCCCUAUCAAAUAUGUUCAACAUGGUGAUAUAUUCAAGCUUGAACACAAAGAAACAUCUCGGAAUAUGCACAGCCACCAACACAAAGCUCCACUAACGAAGAAGCAUUUCCAAGUCACAGGAUACGGAAUAAAUGGGACCGGAGACUCAAAUGAUUUCUGGAGGAUUCUGGUGACUGGAGGUCAGAAUGGCGAUCUAAUUAAAGUUCUCAGGAGCAAGAUCCGAUUAAUGCACGUGGCAACUGGCUGUGUCUUGUAUUCCUCCGGGAAAUCCCUGCCAAAGUGGGGGUGGGAACAAGUUGAAGUCAGCUGUAGUCCUUACCUUAAAGAAACACCCAACUCAUUGUGGAAUAUUGAGGAUCAUAUCAACGCGAAAAUGCCGAACAUCAGCCUGGAGGUGCUGAAGCCCUCGUUCCCCGAGAUCCUGCUGGAGUCACAUGUUGUGAUGAUACGGAGUAACAGUGGUCUAAAACCCAAAGAUAACGAGCUCACUUCAAAGCCUUGGCAUUGGCCCAUCAAUUAUCAGGGUCUUCGUUUCUCUGGGACAAAUGAGACUGAAUAUCGAGUUUAUUUAUUGGGAAACCCUAUGAUUUGGUGGCUGAACCUCUUGGGCCUCCUCAUCUACGUGCUUCUCUUCAGUAUCACAGUUGUCUACUUACAGCGAGGAUAUCAGCCAGGUCAUCAGGUCAGAGAACGGUGUAAUGUUACUCUGCGAGCAGCCAGAUACGUGCUGCUGGGAUGGGUCCUGCAUUAUUUACCCUUCUACCUAAUGGGCCGAAUCCUCUACUAUCAUCACUAUUUCCCAGCAAUGCUUUUCAGCAGUAUGUUAACAGCUAUUACUUGGCACAUUGUGCUGCAAAGUUCAGACCUCUUCUUAAGCCAUCAAGCAGCUGAAAGAGUUUACACUGGGGGAGUGAUAUGUUUGAUCAUCUUCUGCAUCUACAGCUUCUACCUGUUCCAUCCUCUGUCCUACGGGAUGAUCGGCCCACACGCUCAGGACCCGCUCAGUCCAAUGGCAGGUUUGAGGUGGAUGGAGUCCUGGGAAUUCUGACCCUCGCUGAAGGUGGACAAGUCACGGCAUCUGGUCAUCGUCACAGCCACAAUGUUGGAACAAAGGUUUUGUCAAAUUAGAUGAUGUGAAAUUCGAUAAAUUCCUGUGCAAAUGAUUCGCUGGUUAAAGUCUCCUUUUGAAACAUUA